UUCUCAGAAUGAACUCGAUGCGUUUGCAUUUGUAUCGUCCCUGUAUGCAUACUUCACUGAGUACGCUCCUACCUUGAAGGUCAUUCGGAUUGCCCACCUAUCACCGAUAUCCACGGGCAAGGCCUGGUUGAACGUGCAUCUUCUUGAAGCCUGCCAACCGUGUUAAGCAAUAUAACAUGGAGCAACGCAAAGCCGAGAUAGAAGCUAAAAGAGCGAGGCUUGCGGAGCUGAAACGGCAACGUGAGAAUCGGCAGAAGGAGCUCUCAGCUUCCAGGCAAAGUAUCGGGGGUACUGAAGACUUGAUACAGCCCACACCAAGCCGAGCAGGAAGUCGAAAAGAGCUAGAUACUCUCAUAUCAAGUCUAGUCGGAGAGAGUAGACCAGGUUCCACAGGACCCGGCUCACCAGCAGGUAGAGGAAGCCGCCCGACCUCUGUUGUCAGUGCAGGGCAGUUCAGUUCCGAUCAGCACGAACCUUCAAGUCCUCCCUCUACGCAUAAUGCUGCAGCACAGUCACAAAUAAGCCCUACCAAGCCUCCACCCAACCUUACAUUUGCGCCGUUGACGACAGUCUACGAAAUCACAACGGACCCACAGCCAGAGCGUAUAACCUAUAGCAAGGGUGUUCAAACCUCGGAUAGUUGGUCGCCAGCCAGACGCCGAGAAUCGCAGACUGGAUCGGAUGGCGAGCAGUCACCCAGUCGGAUGAAAUCACCGCGCUCAAGCAAAAGGCUAAGCCGAAGAGAACGUGAGAGUUACGAAGAGGAGAUCAGGCAAAAUCUAAAGAAAGAGAUUGAGGAAGAGUUGAAAGCUUUGCAACUCUCAGAGGCUGAGAGCGGGCUUCAGAACGAAAGCAGCACGUCUAAAUUUCCGGCACGUGCGUUGACCGAUGACGAACUUGUUGCCGUCAACGCCUCCGAUGAAUUCCAAGAUUUUGUGGAAAAGUCUACGAAGGUCAUUGAAAGGGCUCUGGAUGAGCAAUAUGAUUUGCUUGCAGACUAUUCUUUGGGUGGACCGCAGGCUGCUGACGAGGACGAUGAUGAGCCUGGCGCAACCAGAGGCAAGAAGGGACGGAGAGUACGCGAGAUAGCUCAAUUUUGGGACGAGAGAUGGAGUAAGAAGCGUGUGAUUAGUGAUUUAAGCUUCUCACCCAAAUUCCCGGAACUUGUGCUGGCAUCUUAUACAAAGAAUCCGUCGGCUCCUCAUGAUCCAGACGGUCUGAUCCAGGUGUGGAACCUUCAUAUGCAUGACCGACCGGAAUAUGUCUUCCAUGCCCAGUCGGAUAUUCUGUGUGCGAAGUUCUCUCCCUUCCAUCCGAAUUUGAUCAUUGGAGGAGCUUAUAGUGGCCAAGUACUCCUGUGGGACACGCGGCAAAAAGGGGCGCCUGCUCAGAAGACACCUCUGACGGGAUCAGGGCAUACGCAUCCAAUCUACUCUGUUGAUAUCGUCGGAACACAAAAUGCGAACAAUAUCAUCUCUUGCUCUACAGACGGCGUUGUCUGUGGCUGGGGCGUAGAUAUGUUGACCAAACCACAAGAGUCGCUCGAGCUCACCACGCCACCGCCAGCGAAGACAGAAGACAUGGCACCGACAUGCAUGGCAUUCCCGCAGUCCGAUCCGACUUACUUUCUGGCGGGCUCAGAAGAAGGUACCAUAUACCCUUGUCACAGGUACGACCGCGCAGGUGCAAAGGCUGGAGUCGACACAAGGGUAGCGUAUCGUGGGCACGCAGCGCCCGUCAUGUCCCUCGAUUUCCACCCAUCUCGUGGAAUAAUUGAUCUGGGUGACCUGGUGCUCAGUUCAAGUUUGGACUGGAGCGUGAAGAUCUGGAAAGUGCGUCCACCAGCAGCGGCCAGCACCACGAGUGUGAUCGGUACGGGUCAGGUCGUUAGCCCCUUACUGGACUUUGUGCGUGAGGAUUUGGUCUACGAUGCUAAGUGGUCGCCUGUCAAGCCUGGAGUUUUCGGUCUUGUGGACGGAGGCGGUAACCUCGAGGUCUGGGACAUAAAUGUAGACAUUGAAGUCCCACUAGCAAAAGCAAGUCCGAGCGAUAAGCGUGGCCUCAGCUUCGGCCAACGGAGUCUCAACAAGCUCGCAUGGGAGCGCAACGAAGGCAAGAGAAUUGCCGUAGGCGGCUUGGAUGGAGUGGUGACGGUGUUUGAAGUAGGUGCAGAUCUUGGAGGUCUUGACAAUGUAAGAAAGGAAGAAUGGACAGGUGUGAAGAAGCUUGUCAGUCGAAUGGACAGUUCUGGGACGGUCAAUGGCACAGAUGGGAAGACGUGAUGAACACUGGUGGAGCGAGUUAUUCUGAUACCCUUUUUAGCCUUAAAUAUUGCAUGGCCUGGUGAUCUUGAAGGCGCUUCAUCCUAAACAUGAUAUGAACUCCUGAUUUGUUGUGUUCUCAACGACCAGCAUCACGCAAUCUGUAAGUCAUGUCUGUUUGUUGUCAAACUGCGAUCUUCAGAUGGAC